GAGCCUUAAACUGGUUUAAAAGCAAUGGAACUGUUCAGCCAGCAGAGGGAGCUGUCGGUAAUGUAACGAGCUGCAGGUCCUAACUUCGCCUGUGGGCGGCAGUGUUGCGCAGCCCACUGGAAGCCUUUCCUUGUAGACAAAUGGCGUCUCUUCAGCGAGCAGCAGCUGAUUCCCCACCGAGAACGGCAGCAGGAAUAGAGGGGAGGUAAACACGCCGCCCCCGGAUUUCCUUGCAGUAGGAUAGUCCGUUGUUUUCUGACGGCUGGACGUCGCUUUCUUCCUCCCCGGAAAUCGAGAGUUUGGAGCCUCCGCGGUGUGAAAACAACCCCCUUCCCCGCCGGAGAGGAGAGGGUCAGCUGCAGCCCGGACUCCCCUCCCUCCCCGCUGCUUCUGCUUGUUUUCGGAGGUUGUUGCUCCUCGUCAGGGCCCGGACUCAGAUACGUGAAGAUGGGCAUCACUCCUCCGCGGCUGCUCUCCCCCUCCGCCUGACUGACUGACGGCUCGGCGGCGCUAAUCCAAUUCAGGAGAUCAUCUUUUCAACCCUCCUGAGGUCAAACUAUUGAGACCAGCUUUGUGGAGGUGAAGAUGACCACUGCACGGUACCGGCCCACCUGGGAGUUGGCCGUUGAUCCCCUGGUUUCCUGCAAACUGUGCCUUGGAGAGUUUCCACUGGAGCAGAUGACCACCAUCACGCAGUGCCAAUGUGUCUUCUGCACACUGUGCCUGAAGCAGUAUGUGGAGCUCCUGAUUAAAGAAGGCCUUGAAACUGCAAUUAGCUGUCCUGACUCUGCCUGCCCCAAAAGAGGACAUUUGCAGGAAAAUGAGAUCGAGUGCAUGGUGGCGGCGGAGAUGAUGCAGAGGUACAAGAAGCUCCAGUUCGAGCGCGAGGUUCUGUUGGACCCGUGCAGGACGUGGUGCCCGUCCUCCAGCUGCCAGGCCGUCUGCCAGCUGAAGGAAACCGACUCCCCGGCUCUGCCUCAGCUGGUCCAGUGCGCCGUCUGCGCCCUGGAGUUCUGCUCCGCCUGCAAGGCCGCCUGGCACCCGGGGCAGGCCUGCCAGGAGAGCAGCCCGCCCAUCGCCUCCUUCCUUCCCGGGGAAAACAGCUCUUUCUACAAGAACGAAGAGGACGACGCCCCCAUCAAGCGCUGCCCCAAAUGUAAAGUCUACAUCGAGAGAGACGAGGGCUGCGCCCAGAUGAUGUGCAAGAACUGCAAACACGCCUUCUGCUGGUACUGCCUGGAGUCCUUGGAUGACGACUUCCUGCUGAUCCACUACGACAAAGGGCCGUGUCGGAACAAACUGGGCCACUCCAGGGCGUCGGUGAUCUGGCACAGAACACAGGUUGUGGGGAUCUUCGCCGGGUUCGGCCUGCUCCUGCUGGUCGCCUCGCCCUUCCUCCUGCUGGCCACGCCCAUCGUCCUCUGCUGCAAGUGCAAAUGCAGCAAAGGCGACGACGACCCGCUGCCGACCUAGACGCCCCGCAGCGACACGUCGCAUCUUCUUCCCAUCGAGUUUCACCACUUUUCCAUUCUGUUUUCCUCCCACCAGCUUUGAGAGAGCUUCAUUUUUCCGAGCUGGCCCUGAAGCAGCCGCCGCUCUGCAUGAGGAGGACAGAAAAGACGACGUUCCUCCGCUGGGAAAAACUUUGGACGGUUUGGGAAUGCAAAGAACGUCUGCUCUUCUUUUCUUUCUUUUUUUUGGUGUUGUAAUUAUUUUGGGUGGAUGCGAACAUUUCCUGGUCUGCUGAACGGACGCCUUCGCCGCCCGCAGAAGGACUUCUACCUUUUUGCUCUGUAAACACUAAAGCUUUCCCUCACUGCAGCGGUGUCCAAACAUUCGGCAGGGGGCCACAAACGGCACGUUGGAAAUACUUCUUAGUAUUUUUAUAUUUCAUUAUUAUUGCAAAAAAUAUCUUAUGUGCUUUUUUUCUGAUAGGCAGUAAAGUCAACAUGAUAACAGUCAGAUUUUUAAAUUUCUGUAUAUUAAAAAUAUAAAAUGGUUUUGCUGGUUUGAAAGAUAAAAAAAAAAAAAAAAAAAAAAAAACAUCCUAAAUUUUUCAAGAUGAUAUUUUUCUACAUUUUUUGUCGUUUUCAAGGUAACAAAUUUUUACAAUAAACAAUAAUUAUGAUGUUAAUGAUGAAUAAUUUACCUACCUAAGGAAGCCAUUUUAUUUGAAAAUAAAAGAAACUUCAGUUAAAAUUAUCACCUGUAAUCAAGGAUUAUAUUUAUUCAAAUUCUAAAAUAUUUUAGUAAAUAUUAUUAGGUUUUGCUGGACGAUAAAUUGUCCCAGAAGUUAUUGUGAUAAAUGAUAAUAUUGUUGCUUUGAGACCAUUUUCAAGUAACAAAAAUGAAGUAACACUUUCUCUAAUAUGAAUAAACAUUAAAUUCUAAUUAAUGUUUAUCACUGGAAUAUUUUAAAAAUCCAAAAUAAAUUAGCAAAAUAAUGCAAACAACAAAUAAAUGAAAAAUUGUCCCUCAGAAAAAGGGCUAAUUGAGACUAAUUACUUUUUUCAUCCAGUUUUUAGUAGGAAAAAAAAAGAAAAUAGAAAAUGAUAAAUAAUGGAAAUUACUGAGUUUGUUUUAAUUUUUUAUGUGAUAAAUUGAUUUAUUGUGAAGCCAGUCUUUGUGCAAUAAGAAGAUUUUAUGGCUCUUGCUUCAUUUUGAAGAGUUUAUUAAACAGUAAUAAAGACAUUUAUAACCCCAGUCACUAAUAAAUAAAUUAAAAGCAAAAAUCUUUUAAUACAUUUACAUUUUACCCUAAAAUUGUUUUUCAAUCCAUAUCCACCACCUGAACUAGCAAACCAAAUUCAGGUUAUUCUUGAAUUGUGAUAAAGGGCCACUGAAAAUCAUGUCAAGGGCCGUGAAUGGCCCCCGGGCCGCACUUUGGACACCCCUGCCUUACUGCCUCACUCGAUGUAGCUCCACAGAUUCAGCCGGUAGCAGAGGAGAGCUGCGCCACGCAUGUCAGCUCUCUGUACAGCACGUCCUCUCGAUGAUGUCAAUGUUUUAUAAUCUUGCGCUUUUAAUAGAACCGUGCUGGGAGUCGUGUGUCUUGUAUAUUACAGUCUUUUUUCCAGCUGUUAGGCAGACGUAUUAAAGAGGAUUGCCACUCAAAUCUAAUCAAAAUGUUGGGGUUUUUUCUUGUGGUUAAAAUAAAAUUUGUCCCCAGCUGUAUUGCAGGGGUGUGUCUAGAUUUUUUUUCUUGGGGGGGCCAGGCAGGAGCACAAACUGUAAAAUUUAAAUUUUAUGAACUUUGGGCCAAACCUUAAAUAUUCAAACUAUUUAUUUAUCCCAACAAAACACAUAGAUCUGCUUAACAUAGAUUUGUCUGUUACAGUGGCUAACCACAUGAUUAGCCUGUUUUAGCUUAGCAUAGCGUAACUGUAUAAAACUCUGUUUUUAGCGCUGUUAAGCUAACUCUGUUCAACUUAUCAAUUUAAAGUCAAAAUUACUGACUACAGAUUGCAAAUUACUGUUUCAUUUCCCUCUUUGCUCCUUUAUGGAGAGAUUUUUUGUGAAGCUGUCUGAAGCUGAUUUUUCACAAUAUUAUUAUUAAUAAACAUCAUAUAAAUCUAAAGGGACUAGAAA